UCUAGAAGCUCAACACCCGGAGAGGUGGACGGAGGCACUUCGAAUACUGCCCAGGACGGCGGACAAUAUUGCUGCAGUAGUUUUACCUUUGGAACAAAAAAACAUUUUAGUUUUAUCCAUGGCUUGGUAAAUAUUAAUAUUGUCACCGAAAGAAGAAUAUCUUAGCGAUGGAAUCAGAAGUAGCAGAGGCGUACAGGUCGUCCCUGAAAGACCUAUCCCAAAACAGCAAACCGUUGAUCAACAUGUUGACGAUGUUAGCCGACGACCACGAACAGCAUGCGGCUCUUAUUAUCGAUGUUAUCGAAGACCACAUCCAGAAGGUGAAGCCAUCUUUAAAAUUGCCUGUACUCUACCUAGUUGACUCCAUAAUAAAGAAUUUGCAGACUUCCACAUAUAGAACUAUGUUCCCUCCAAAACUUGUCAAAAUGUUUUGUGAGACUUUUGAAAAGGUUGAUGAAAAAACAAGACAAGCAAUGUUUAAACUCAGACAAACUUGGACCAAUGUUAUACCCAAUAAGAAAUUAUAUGCCAUUGAUGUCCGGGUUAAUACGACUGACCCAGCAUGGCCCAUCACAGCUACUCCACCAGAACAAGGAAGCAUUCAUGUAAAUCCUAAAUUUUUAGUACAGGAGAAGAAACCUACUCCAGCUGCUAGUCCACCAACAAGUGCAGAGGCUUUAAUGAGACAACAGCUUUUUGAAAAACAACAAGAAUUACAGAAACUUAAGUUGGAAUUAGAAUUAGCAGAAACAACAGCUAAAUUAGAACAACAGAGGAAACAGCUUGAAAUGAAGAAAAGUAAUACUGCACCAGCCACUGCUUCGGUGGUGCCAGUUACUAAACCUAAAGAUCCUCGAGUGGCUGCUAGAGAUCCAAGGCGUUCUCGUGAUCCCAGAAAACCUGCUCCAGAGUCUGAUGUUGUUUCUGCCAUCUUGACUGCUUCAAAAGCUGAACCAACAAACAUUCCAGUUCAGACUGCUCCACCUAUCAUCACACCAUUUAUACCAGAAGUCACCAUGUCAAAGGGUCAACACAUUCAUAAUCAAACGUAUAAUCCAGGAUACUCAGUGGAACAACCACACAUACAAACAUAUCCAACUACUUCCGGCAGAUUUAAUGGACCACUGAAUCCACCUGCUCAGACACAUAUUAAAAAAGAUACAAACAUUCCAACCAAAAAGACAUCCAAUGCAAAUAUUUCAAAUAAAAUUAAACAUAAUGGUCCAAAGAAGGUUCUUCCUCAAAAAGUUGAAUCACCUAAAAAAAUCAAUAGUAUAAAGAGCAAUAAAGUCGAAACCCCACCUAAAAAGAAAAGUGAAUUAAAAGACAAAUUCAGUCUUGAAGUGGUAAAAGAAAAGCCAAAGAUAGAUAAAAAUAAAACUGAAACUAAACCGGUGUCUAAAAGUGAUAACCGAAGUAGUGACAUUCGCAGUAUUGAUGAUAGAAGUAGCAAAGAUCGUGAUAGAGGUAGUAGUAGAGAAUCAGAUAGGUCGCGUAAUAGUGAUAGACGAUCGGCUGACAGAAGGGAUCAUGGGAUGGAUGACCGAUCACGAUAUAGUCCUCGUUCAAAUCGCAGAGAGGACCAAAAGGGUCGUUCUAGCACAAGUAGCAGUAGUAGAAGAAGCAAUAAAAGAGAUUCCAGUGAAAGAUCAAGCAGAAGGUCGCGAUCACCUGCACGUAAAUUGUCACCUAGAGGUGAUCAAGAAAGGAAUCCAAAUAACUUAAAAUCUUCUGAAUUGUGGAAUAAAUCUGAGAAACGACAAACGGAAUCGUUGAUAAAAAUGGAUGACGAGAGAAAAAGAAUGUCACCCAAAAUAGAAGCUGGUGCCGAACCAGACGGUUUCCCAGAUGUUAAAAAACGCAGAUUAGACAUUAGUGCUGGCAAUACCGAUUCCAAGAAAGAUAUAAGUGAUUUAUUUGGAUCAGAAGACAUAGAUUAUAGAACUGCACCAAUAGGAAUCCCAUUCAAAAGUCCAGGUCAGAAAGGAUGGGCAAAGUUUAAAGAAAAUCACCCAGAGAAUUACCAACAAGAAAUUGAUCGCAGACGAUCUCACGAAAUAGAAUCUGGCCAUGAUGUAGAUCUUAGAAGACGUCCUUCCCAUCCACCACCUGCUGCUAGACAUCAAGUUUCAGUUGACAUGUCGGCACAAAUACCGGAUGCACUGACAUUAGAUAAUCAGGAAGUUAUUCUUAAAGUAGCUGAACAGCAACUUAAAGCUGGAGCGAUAACUCACCAACAACAUCAAGAUGUUCUCCGACAACUUUCCAUUCUCUAUGAUGCUCAACGCAUGCAACAGCAGAAAAGUAAGGUUUACAACGAAGAAGAAAAUCAGAAACGGGAUGAACCUGCCCGUAAAAAUGUUUUUGAAGUAUUGAUGACCGUUUCGCCAGAGUGUACAUCAAAACCUCAAGCAUCCAAACUGGAAUCUCGAACUCAUGAAAAACUUGACAAAGGUUUGGAAAAUAAAGUGCAACCGGAAGUAAAUGUCUCAACAGCACAGCCAAUUGUUAUAGACCAACUAGUGAAGUCUAGGGAAACUAAUAUGGAGGAAGAUGAUGAUGAUGAUUGUAUAGUAAUAGAAGAUCCCGAUUUAGUUGAUCCAAAUCCUGCUCCUUCAACACCUAAGAUAUUUAAGGAACCCCUUAUAGCUCAAAUACCAGAUAUUGCCCAAAGUGAUAAAGAUGAACGCCAGGACAAAAACAUUGAGAAAUGUAACUUGCCCCAAAAUAAUCCAUUUGAUACUGAAUUUGACCUUAGAAUGAAUGAAGGAUCUUGGAUGUCCCCUCCACAGAUUUAUCAACCUGAAGUUGAUAAAAGGAAAAGUAGUCCACAUCAGUCAGAGAGUUUCACUUCUCCCCCACAUGCCCUUGAUCAGGAUCUAAGAAGUGGUGCUCCACCUGAGAUGAAACCUCCCCCCUUCCCUCCAAUUUUUGCUAAUGAACGAGUGAAUGUUUCGCAUAAAGAUAGACGAGACUCUAAUCCUAUUGACAUGAUAGAUCACCCUGGAGAUCAAAAUGACCAAGAAAGACAUGACAUAAUGAGAGAACCAUCCUUCUCUGGUAGAAUGGACAAACCGAGAGAACAUCAGUUUGAAAAAACUGAUUUGGAUGAUAGGAGGCAUAAUCAUAAUAUGAUGGACAGACCGAGGGAUGCACAUUUGCCGGAAAGAAGAAAUAUACCAAUGGACCCACGAGACAGAAUGGAAAGAGAAAGAGAUCCUGUUCAGGAUAGAGUGGAUAGAGCAAGAAGUCCACUUGAACAGAUGGAUAGAAUGCGAGAUUCAAAAGACCGGCAUCCAAGGUAUCCACAGAAUGGUCCAGAAUAUGUAAACCAACAUGACAGAUAUCCACCUGAAGAAAGACCAAAUCAUCCACAUUCCAUGGACUUUGAUAGACGAUCCCCACAUGGAGAAUAUGAUUCUAGAAAUGAUCUGCCAAUGAAGCCAUGUGGUCCCGUUCCACUGCUGAGUCUAGAACUAGAACCUUCAAAGAAUGUAAUGGACAUAGCGGAAAGACUUGAAACUCCACAGGAAGGUCGACAUAUUGAAGAGUCUCCUCAUCAAGGAUCCCCUCACCAAGGACUGCCACGUGAAGGGCCUCACAUUCAAGGGCCACCACAUCGAGGAUCUCCACGUGAAGGUCCCCCACACCAUGGACCUCCUCGUGAAGGGCCCCCACACCAUGGACCUCCUCGUGAAGGGCCCCCACACCAUGGACCUCCUCGUGAAGGACCACCUUACCAUGGACCUCAUGACAGACCACCUCACCUUGGACCACAUGAUGGACCACCGCACCAUGGGCAUCCUCAUGAAGGACCUCAUCAUGGACCACAUGAAGAGCCACAAAAUCGACAUCAAGGACCACCUCACCAUGGACCAGCUGAUGGUUUUGGAAGGCUUAAUAGACCAGAUUCAGAAGAUCGCCGAAUGAUGGAUAGAGAUCAUGAAAGAAGGGUCAAUGAUCGCAAUUAUGAAAGAAGACCAUUGGAUCGUGAAAAUGAUAGAAGAGGUAUGAUAGACAGAGAUAGUGAUAAUAGGAUUUCAGAGCGAGAACAUCGGAGAGGUGAUCGUAGUAGAAGAGGUGUUAGAGAUGCUCGUGAUAGACGUGGUGGCAAUAGAGACAUUGAUCGUGAAGAUUUAGAUAGAAGAGGAAUGGACAGAAGAGGGAAUAAUUUUGACCAUAUGGAUCGCGGAGGUGAUGGCAGACCGGAUAUGGAUAGAAGAGACAGAAGAAUAAAAGACAGGCAUGAAAUGGAAAAUGACAGAAUGGGUCGUAGAGAAGCACCAGAACCUCGAACCAAAUCUUUCCCAGCAGUACUUGAUCCAAGAUGGUCCACAUGUGGUGCUUAUCGAAAGCGUGAAAAAGAAGAAAUCAUUGUUAAUAAUCAACCAUUUGAAUUAUUUAAGGGUUCGGAACCAAAGAUGAUCACUAUGAGUAAAAAUACUCAUUAUUACUAUGCUGACCCUAAACUAAAGGGUAUAACAGUUGAUGACCAGCUGGUGUAUAAUUUUGGUGAACCUCCCAAGGAGGUUAAACUUCCAAGCGGUGAAGUUAUAAAUGUUUUUUAUCUGGGUCGUAAAAAGGAAUUAUGGAUAGAUGGAACUCGCCAGGAAGUUCGUGUUGACUCUCCUCCAAAGAAGAUUAGUUUGAAUGGCAAAGAUUAUGGGAUACAAAUUGAUGGCAGUGAUAUGAUGAUCUUGAUUGAUCGAUUAGAGAAAGGCAGUUUUGGAGGUCCACCGAGAGAAAUACUUGUUGAUGGAAUACCACAUGAUUUACGAUUUGAACCUCAACCAAGACAGAUUUUAGUAGAUGGUCAACCAUGUGAUUUAAAAUUGGACCGCAGAGUUCCGGUAUUGAUUAUAAAUGGUGAACCACGUAUGGUGCGUUUUGAUGGACCACCUAGGAUAGUAUGUAUAGAUGAUAAAAGAUAUGAGGUCAAAGUUGACUUCCCUUCAAAAAUAAGAAUUGGAGUCCGUCCUUGUUUCAUUGCACUUGGUGGACCUGGCCAUGAGCUUAUUAUAAAUGGAAAAUGGCAUGAGAUAAAAUUUGAUGGUAUACCUAAAGAAAUUACUGUAAAUGAUUGUAUUCAUACAUGCUGUUUGGAAGGGCCUGUACCUCAGCUGAAGAUAUUAGAUGUUAUGCCAGAUGGUUUUGAAGAAGUUUUAUUAAGCCAGACCAGGUUGUCUCUAAAUUACACUUACCCAAUACCUCCUGAUUCUGAUCGAAACAGUCCCAAUCCAGAUGGUCGUUUUGCCGGACCUCAACAAAUGGUACCUGGUGGCCCUCCUGGUCCUAUGGGCCCCAGACCGGUUGGUCCUCCAGGACAAAUGGUUCCAGGUCAGAUGGGACCAGGACCGAUGGGACCGGGACAGAUGGUACCCCCAGGUCAAAUGGGUCCUGGUCAGAUGAUGCCUCCUGGUCAAAUGAUUGGCCCUGGACAGAGAAUGAUGGGUCCUGGUCCUCAGGGUGGACCAGGAAUGUUCCAGCCAGGUCCUCAACAAAUGAUGGGUCCUGUUCAGACUCAACCAAUGCCAAUGGGACCGGGAAUGUUCAUGAAUCCCAUGCAGAAUCCAGGUUCAAUGGGUAUGAACCAGAUGCCAGUAGGAAAUGUUAUGCAACCAAUGAACACAGGCUUUAAUCAACAACCAUUUGGAGGUAUGCCAGGGAAUCCACCAGUAACACAACCAGCAUCUAGUGUGGUUAAUGUUCUCUCAAUGCUCAUGCCAAAUGCUUCCCAGCCAAGUCAAACUUCAUCAGGUACUAUGGACAUCAGUUCAUUGUUUAGCAAACUAGUUGCUGCUGGAAUUGUGCCAACAUCUGAACAGAAUAAGACAACAUCUACAACUAAUCCGACUCCAACGGCUACUUCUACACCUGUUACAAGCACUGUGAUGAAUACCAAAACAAUUACUAUUACCACACCUAGUUCACAGGCAUUCAAGUUGGAACCAGAAGAAGUUAAAGAAGUGAAAGAAAAUAUAGAACCAGUUCCUGAUUUAACAGACCUUAACACAAAAAGUCUUAAAAAAUAUUAUAAAGGUGCUAUACAGAGGUUAUAUAGUGGUAUCCAGUGUUCAACUUGUGGUACGAGAUUUGUUAUGGAUGAUACAGAUAGAUAUCGUGAACAUCUUGAUUGGCAUUUCCGUCAGAAUAAACGAGGAAAGGAUGAAUUUAACAUGGCUAAGAAUCGACAGUGGCAUUAUGAAAUUAAUGAUUGGAUUUUGUUUGAACUAAUUGAAGAAUCUGAAGAGAAAUCUCGCUCCACUGUAUUUGAGAAUAUGAUGAAUCCCAAUGAUAAUGCUCUGAGUUACAGAAUUCCUGAAAAUGCUGAUGUUGUUAAUGAACCUCCAGCAAAACAAGAUGCAGAUAAUGUAUGCUGUACUUGUGGUGAUCAGUUUGAACAGUUCUGGCAUGAAGAAUUGGAAGACUGGCAUUUACGUGAUGCCUUAUUGGUUAAUGGAAAGUAUUAUCAUCCGGUAUGUUUUGAAGAUGCUAGAGAUGAAUCUGUAUUGGAACCAACUCCAACUCCAACUGAAUCUCCAGAAACGAAUCCAUUCUUUAAUAGACAGCACAGUGGUAACAAAGUGUAUGGUAAUGUUCAAUCCUCAGUCUCCACAUAUAUACCUACAACCAAUCCUGCUCCCAUCACUCAUCUUAUCAUCAAAUCGGAACCCAUGGUAAUGCCUAAAUCACCCAUCCACAACACAUCGUCGGCCACUGUCAGCAAUAAUGGUGAUCCUAUCACUGAAAAUUCAGACGUCACAUCUAUGCCAGAAGAACCCGCUGUUGCAACAAUAGGAUUGAAAACUGAGGAGGCAGAAGUCAAAACUGAGGAGGCAGAAGUCAAAACUGAGGAGGCAGAAGUCAAAACUGAGGAAGCAGAAGCCAAAUCUGAGGAAGCAGAAAUCAAAACUGAACCAAUGCUUGAGACCGAACCUGUUAAAAUGGAGUCUUCAGAAGAUACUGAUAUGAAAUCAGUUGAUGAUCAGAAAGAGUCAUCAGAAAUGACAUCUUGAUUAUUCCAGUAGUCCUGAAAAGAUACUGAUAAUAUUAAAUCUGACCGGAGUAAAAGACUGUAUUUUCAAAUUUUAAUACAAAUCAGUGUAUUAUUUUUUGUUUGUGAAGUAAUUAAAAGAUCUAGUCAAAAUAUGUGAGAAUUUUAAAGGUGACAACUUACCAGAGUAAAUUAAAGCUUGAAUGUAUAUAUUUACGUCUUGUAAUUGUAUUUUAAUCGGUCAGUGUGUAUAUAGGUACUGUAUAUACUUACACUAUUAUAAAAUAAUAUUGUGUAAUUAAAUUUAAGAAAAAGUGACCUUUUGUUGAAUUGUAUAUUUUUUAUUAUUAAGUUCAUUAAGUUAUGUAGAUAUAAACAAGAAGUGAGUGAGUGUGAAUGUCAUGUAAAUACAGAAUUACUAUUAUUAUUAUGUAAAAUAAUUUAAUUUUAUUUAUGUGAUUGUAUCAGCGUUGUACAUCAGAUUUUAUGAGUUAGCAUUUCAUUUCAAUUUGUCAAGGAUAGUAGUGGCAAUAAUUUUAAUAAAAUUUCAUUUUUGUACAAUUUUGAUACAGAGAUAGUUUCAUCUCAUCCAUUUUGAAUUAAAGGGUAUUUAUUUUACGCUGUUUUGAAAGAAGUGCUGUAAAGUUGAAUAUUUCUGUUAAAGAUUGUUAUAUUGCAUAAUGAAUGCAUUUCAUAUUAUUCUACCUGUGUUCAAAACUGUAUUAUGACAUCUGCUUGGAAAAUUUAACUGAAAUGUUAGAUGAUAAUUCAGUAUUACUGAAUAAAAAUAAAAUUUGAAAAAUA